AUGGGUCACUUUAAACCUGUAAUAAAAGUACAAACAAAAACUCAAGUAUCACCAUCGAAUAGGACCUCGCUAUUGACUCCCCCAGACACUACAAAUAACACACCAAUUCCGCAUCCUGUUUCAUCAACGCAAAGUUUGUUUUCAAAUGACAAUAUUGAUACAAGUGCACCAAUAAAUCCGCCUCAUGAGUUAAUUUUAGAAGAGUCGAAUUUAGACAACCUAACCAAAGAUGAGAGUUUUAUGGAAUCCGAAAUACUUAAGGAGAAUGAAGAGAAAACCACCCCAAAUAUUACAAAUAUAAUUCCCGUAGAUGAUAUUGAUAAAGAUGGCGAAAAAUCAAAUAAUCAUGAAGACAUGCAAAAAGAAGAAAAAUUUCUAGAAGAUUCGGAGACCAUAAAAUCUACAACUGAUACAACAACGGAGAGAACGUUGAAGAAGCGCAGAUAUAAAACCGAAAGACGAAGAAAAAGUGAUGGUGUAAAUAAUGACGGAAAACCACAAAGAACAAAAAGAACAAGAUCUGCAAAAGAUAAAAAUACUCCUAAAAGACCUGGUAACUCUUGGCAUCAAUUUUCAAUGGUUAAAAGAAAAGAAUUUACGGAGAAACACCCGAACUUGGAUUUUGUUGGAAUUAACAAGUUAUUGAGCAAGGAAUGGAAAGGAAUGUCCAAUGAAGAAAAAAAGCCCUAUUAUCAAAUUGCUGAAGACGCAAUGAAAAAUUAUGAAGAAAAAUUAAAGAUGUACAAUGACUCGAUCAAAGGAAAUGGAGCCACGGUCCCUGGGGAAGUUCAAGUGCUUAAUGCACCACAUGAAAUAAAUCAAGUUCCCCAAUAUCCUGAUUUUAAAUCCAUGCUAGGUUCUCCGAUUUCAUUUGGUCCAUUUGGAUCUGAAUUAGAAUUGGGUCUUCCAACAAGUGAAGUUGCGAGCGAGACUGAAGAGCAAGAUGAAAAUUCACUACAUAACCCUUCAAUUUCAAAUGAAGACCAAAAUGCUACAAUCAAACAAUUGUUAAAAAACUCUGUUCUUGAAUUUAAUUAUAUUCCUUCUCAGCAAGUGCAGGUGCAAAAUUUUCCAUCUUCAAAUCCAUCAAAGUUUCAACCGGUUGGGGAAUCUACCCAGACUUCAUCUUUAGUUGAUAAAGAGAAAUCGCAAUCAGGUUCAAUGCCGCCUCCACCUAUUUCACGUCAAAACUCACAAAUAAUGUUAAACCAAGAACAAGUAAUGUCUUGUGCACAACAGAAAACUUGUAGUCAGGUGAAUUCUCAGUAUGUUAAGGCGGCGCAACAAUAUUUCGUGGCGCCGCAAACGCAAGACAUGGCAGAGCAACCAACGUUCCGAGUGAAUAUGACACAAUUCGAAGGACAUUCAUUAUCCAACCAAUCUUCUCUAAUGGACAGUCGGAAAUGUGAAAUGUCUCGACCGCCUCUAAAAGAAAUCACGAAUAAUUUUGAUCAAAACACGUCACUUCAACGAGUCCCGAAUGCAGAUGAUCAAACAGUGGCAAGCCAAAUAGUUGGGCUUCAAAGUUCAAAAGUAGUGUUGCCCUCAUCACCAAGCGUGACGAGUCAACAGAUACCAAACGCACUUUCUCAGAAUACACAGGAACGCACAUUUAGUAACAUGUCACUCCAAUCAAGUGAUCAUCCAAUGAUGAAGAUAAAGCAGGAGCGUCACGUAGAUACAGAAAUGGCACCAGUGAUGUCACAAGUGCAACAAUUUCCUCAGACGGUAUGGCAGCAACCUAAUACUCAGCAAAUGCUUUCUUCUCAGUCAGUUAUGGCACAACAGAUGCAACAAUUUCCAAUGUUAUUACAACAAAGUGUUCAACAAUUUCCUUCUCAGGAUGUAAUGUUCCGACAGUUAAACUCUCAGAAUCUAGUGUUGCAACAGCCAAUGUGGCAAUCAAAUGUACACGUUCCUCCUCCAACCCUGCCUAUACUAUUCUCACAGCCAACUAAUGAUAAUGGACAGAUGCUGUAUCAACAAAAUUUAUCAUUAAUGCAUCUACCGGCUCAAAUGAUCCCUACACAACAAAUAGGCUCUCACUACCAUCAGACAGUUCCGCAAACGCCUAUCAUGAAUCAGUCGAUGUAUAACCAAUGGAAUAACAAUUUGCAAAUGGAUAUCAAUCGUGCAACUCCACAAAUCCAGAGAAAUUAUCAAAUGAAUUGGCCCGGAUAUUAA